AUGCGUGAUCGUUACGUUCUGAGGAACUCCAAAGAAAUUCUAUAUUCGCGGUUGAAAUUUGUGAACUAUGUUGAAUUGGAGUGCUUGGAGCACGAGAUCUAUGUCGUCGUGGCGGACCUUGUGACGUCGACGCAACAGCGUCUUGGUUAUACAGUAACAGCAAACCGCAAUCGACUUCGACUCCUGUAUGUUUCGCGUCGUGAAUUUCUUCGUGUUGCUGCAGAUGAUCGGUAUCGUCGCUGGGAUAAUCUAUCACGUGAAAGCCGCGGAUGA